AUGGAACAAUUAAAAAGUUUACCAAUAAUUGAUAUAAGUGGAUUGUGGAGUGAUGAUGUUUCGAAAUGGAAUAAGGUGGCAAAGGAGAUUGACGAAGUAAGCAGAGGAAUCGGAUUCUUUUAUAUCGUUGGACACCAAAUCCCAAGUGAAAGAUUCGAAAAGAUGAUGGAAAUCAGUAGAUUUUUCUUUGGUUUGCCGAUGGAGAAAAAGUUGGAGGUCGAUAUGACAAAGAAUCAGUUUCACAGAGGCUAUGGAGGUUUCCAGUUGGAACAACUCAACCCGUUAUCACCACACGACGAGAAGGAAACACUUGAAUUCGGUAUGAAAAUGUCACCUGACAAUCCAUUGUAUCUACACAAACUCUAUGGACCCAAUCCAAGACCGAGUGCAUUCGAUCAAGCUACGAUCGAUCUUAUCGACGAGCACUAUCUCGAUAUGAAGAAUAUAAUAUGCAUGCUACUUCGUGCAAUUGCAUCGGCUUUGAAUUUGGAUCGUGAAUACUUUGCGCGUCACUACGACUACCCGUUGGCAGCGAUGCGACUAAUGCACUACACUGCGAAUCUUGACUUACCAAACACUGGAGAGAUUGUGCUCGGUGGUGGUGAACACACCGACUACGGUAUUCUAACGAUACUACAACAGGACGAUGUUGGUGGACUACAAGUAAAGACGAUGAGUGACGAGUGGAUAGAUGUACCGUUUGUUAAAGAUUCAUACGUUGUGAACAUCGGUGAUAUGCUUCAACGAUGGACCAACGAUAUCUACCGAUCGACAGCACACCGUGUCCUUAGACCACCAAAAGGUGUUCAUCGCUAUUCGAUUCCAUUCUUUGGUGAACCUCACACCGAUACCAUUGUUGAAUGCAUUCCUUCAUGUUGCUCAGAUUCAUCACCACCAAAAUACAAACCUAUCAGUGCCGGUGAUUAUCUUCAAAGUAGAUUCCUUGAUACUUAUGAAUAUAAAAAACAAAAAUACUAA